AUGCUGGACAAACCAAUUUUUGAAGGAUCAAGAGGGGAUUUGAUUGAAUUAAGAUCUCUUUGCAAGCCACCCGGAAUCGUCAACGAGGUCUUGAGGGCCCUCGUGAUCUUGUUGGGCUUCAAGCCUACUCCUGAUAACAUAUCCCAUUUGCUCUCGAAUGUCAAUGAUCUCCAAGCAAAAAUGGCGACGUACAAUCUCGAAACAGUUCUCCGGCGGACGAGAAAAUUGAAAGGUGUCGACAUAGAUCCGGACAAAGUUUGCAAAGCUUCUAAAGCGGCGAGUUCCGUUGCGAAAUGGGUCAAGGACUUGCAGAAUUAUCAGAAAUCGCCGAUUGAGAGCUUUGAAAGGUCGCGGUCUUGUGUUGAUUUCUCCCUCGUCCAGCCAGAAGAAAUCGAAGAAGAAAAACGACGCUCAAAAGUUCGAGUUCAGAAAAAGCAGAAAAUCACGCGCCCGAGAAUUUCAAAAGCAGCUAUUCUAGAGCUAAAGAGCUUCAAAUGCCCUCCAGAUACAGUCCAAAGAAUUGCUGGUGCCGCUGCUGUUAUGAUCGACCUGCCCUCAGAGUGGACCCAUUGUCGCAAGAUGCUGGAUAUUCCCGAUUUGGCGGAGCAAUUUGAUCAUGCUGAGAGAUAUCAUCGAAAACGACCUAUCUGCGCCGGAAAACUGUGGCAACUAAAUCGACUGAAAAUAACUCAUAUAAAAAUUGACGAAGUUCUCAAAGUUUCUCAAGGUGCUCGACAAAUUUACAACUGGCUUAACUUCAUGCUCGAUCGACAUGUUCGACGCUUUCCUGAAGUUUCUUUUGCAAAAUAA